UCGUAGGAGGAGGAGUAGGAGGUCCUGGUCUUGGAUCUCAGUACCGGGCAGGCGCGGGUCUGGAGCGCACGCAAGAGCUGACGGUGCGUUCACGGCCCUGAACUCUUUCGCUUUCCGCCAAGUCAAGCCGCAAGGAUGCAGCUGUAGCGAGAAAGGAAACAUCACCCGAGAAAGAACAACACCAAACCCGCCAGACGUUUCCUGCAAGUUUACGCCAACUUUUUCAAGUUAAGUAAAAAAAAAAAAAAAAUGUGCUCAGGGAGAUUUCGCUCAAAGACCCCGGGGCCUGGCGCCGCCGCUGCCCGCUCGCUGCGGUGCCUCGCCGGGCUCCUGCUGCUGCUGGCGUCCGCCCCCGGCUGCGGAGGCUUCAACCUGGAUGUGAACAAUCCGGCCGUUUACAGCGGAGCCCCGGGAAGCUACUUUGGAUACGCGGUGGACUUUUACUUGGCCGAUUCGUCCAGUGCCAGCGUGGUGGUGGGCGCCCCCAAGGCCAACACCAGGCAGAGCGGCAUCGUGGAGGGCGGAUCGGUCGCCUACUGCCCGUGGAGCCUCGGCCAAUCAGAUUGUCACACCAUCGAGUUUGACGUGGAAGGGGAUCGCAACUUCCUGAUCAACGAUACGCAACACCAGAUCGACUUCAAGUCCCACCAGUGGUUCGGCGCCACCGUGCGUUCCCACGGAGACACCAUUCUGGCCUGCGCGCCGCUCUACUCGUGGCGGACGGAGAAGGACGUGGCGCGAUCGGACGCGACCGGCACUUGCUACCUCUCCGUGCAGAAUUUCACCAAGUUUGUGGAGUACGCCCCCUGCAGAACAGAAAUCAGCGAUGAGGGAGGUCAAGGCUACUGUCAAGGAGGAUUCAGUGCCGACUUCACCACGGACGGCCGGGUGGUGCUGGGCGGGCCGGGCAGCUACUUCUGGCAAGGUCAGGUGAUCUCUGCGGACAAGGAGGACAUCAUCAAGACGUACUACCCGGGGUAUUUCAUGCAGUCCGUGGACGGUCAGAUCCAGACCAAGCAAGUCCAGGCUCAACACGACGACAGCUACCAAGGCUACUCCGUGGCUGUGGGCGACUUCAGCGGGGAUGAAGUAGAAGAUUUUGUGGCCGGCGUUCCAAAAGGAGUCAUGCUUUAUGGAUUGGUGUCCAUCUUGAACGGGACGGACUUGAAAACCAUGAUUAACUACACCGGCGAGCAGAUGGGAUCCUAUUUCGGCUACGCGGUGGCGACCACCGACAUCAACAGCGACGGGAUGGCGGACCUGCUGGUGGGCGCCCCCAUGUUCAUGACGCGGGGGUCCGACGGCCGCCUGGAAGAAGUGGGACGCGUCUACGUUUACCUGCAGCGCGCGCCCCUGAGCCUGGAGCUCAGCCUGCCUCACCUGACCGGCGCUCAGGUGUUUGGGAGAUUUGGCAGCACCGUGGCGCCGCUGGGAGAUCUCAACCAGGAUGGCUUCAACGACGUGGCGGUCAGCUGUCCAUUCGGUGGGGAGGACCAGCAGGGUUUGGUCUACAUCUACAACGGCUUCCCCCACGGUCUCCGAGAGAAGCCGUCCCAGGUGAUCGCGGGCCAGUGGGCCGCAGGUUCAAUCCCCGCCAGUUUCGGCUUCGCACUCCGAGGCGCUGAGGACCUUGACAGGAACGGUUAUCCGGAUCUGAUCGUUGGUGCCUUCGGCGUUGAUAAGGCAGUUCUCUACAGGUCGCGACCCAUCGUCAACACCAGCGUCUCGCUGUCGGUCUACCCCGCCAUGAUCAACCCGGAGGAGAAGAACUGCAUCACCACCCAAGGGAACUCCACCGUGGUCGUCCCCUGCGUCAACCUGAGUUUCUGCUUGUCGGCCGACGGGAAGCACCUACCAGACGUCCUCGACUUCCAGGUGGAGGUGCAGCUGGACAGUCAGAAGCUCAAACAGAAGGGAGCGGUCAGGCGGGCGCUUUUCCUGGACUCCCAGCAGCCUUUGCUGCAGCGGAGCGUGAGGGUGCGCAACGGCGAGGAAGUCUGCGACCACACCAAGAUCUACCUCCGAGAUGAGAAGGACUUCAGGGAUAAGCUCUCCUCCAUCUUCGUGGCCUUGAACUUCAGCCUGGAUCCCGGGGCCGCCGCCGACUUGCACGGCCUGAGGCCGAUUCUCAACCACCGGAACGCCAACGUGAUUGAGCAGAAGGCUCAGAUUCUGCUGGACUGCGGAGAAGACAACAUCUGCGUUCCCGAUCUGAAGCUGGCCGUCCACGGGGACAGGAAGGAAGUGUACCUGGGUGACGACAACGCCCUCACCCUCACCUUCAACGCCAGGAACGAGGGCGAGGGCGGCGCGUACGAGGCGGAGCUCUACGUGGUGCUGCCGCCCGAGGCCGACUACAGCGGCAUCGCCCGCAAUAACGAGAGUUUGACCCAGCUGACCUGCACUUACGACACGGAGAACCAGACCCGGUACCUCAGCUGCGACCUGGGAAACCCCAUGAAGUCUGGAACCAGCCUGUGGGCAGGUCUUCGCUUCACGGUGCCGCGCCUGAAGGACACGCACACAACGGUCCAGUUUGAGCUGCAGAUUCGCAGCAAGAACCAGGACAACUCCCACAGCGAGGCGGUGUCACACAAGCUGGAGGUGGUCGUCCAGGCUGAGGUCAUCCUGCAAGGGGUGUCUCGGCCAGAUAAGAUCUUCUUCCCGCCCGCCAACUGGAAGGUGACCAAGAACUACGCCGUGGAGCAGGAAGUGGGGCCGGCCGUGGAACACAUCUAUGAGCUGGUGAACAACGGGCCGAGCGGCAUCAGCCACACCCUGCUGGAGCUGCGCUGCCCCCUGGCCGCCCAGGGCCACACUCUGCUCUACCCGCUGGAGUUCUCCACCGAGGGCCCCAUCAACUGCAGCGCCGACGGAAACGUGAAUCGCCUCGGUCUCAAACUGCAGCACACGCCGACAGAACCGCCUCACCUGGCUCUCCAGGCCCCCGAGCACCGCGUGGUGAGGAGGGACGUCAGCAGGGGCCCCGCACUCGCUCAACUAACCAACUUGUCCUGUUCCAAUGUGGACUGCUGGGCCCUGCAGUGCCAGGUGGGGCUCCUGGAGAAAGGGACCACCGCCAUCCUCAAAGUGCGCUCUCGCGUCUGGGCCGAGACCUUCAUGGAGAGGGCCUACAAGCAGUACGUGCUGGAAUGCGUCGCCAGGUACACCGUGAAGACCAUGCCUUACGUCAUCGUGCCCAAACACCUGCCCAGUGGACACAAAAAGGUGGUGAGUGGUGUGGUGUGGAACAAGCCUGAAGUGGAGACGUCAGUGCCGCUGUGGAUCAUCAUCUUGGCCAUCUUGGCUGGUUUGUUGCUGCUGGCUCUGCUCAUCUACAUCCUCUACAAGUUGGGUUUCUUCAAGCGGUCCCUCCCGUACGGCACCGCCAUGGAGAAAGCUCAGCUCAAACCUCAGGCUGCCUCCGAGGCCUGAGAGGAACCUGCAGAACCACCAGGAUAGAACCUAAAGGACUUACAGAACCUACAGGAUUUGACAGAACUUACGGAACCAACAGAACCUAGAGAAUCAACAAAACCUACAUAACUUACAGAACCUACAGGACUUACAGAACCAACAGAACCUAGAGAACCAACAAAACCCACAUAACUUACAGAACCUACAGGACUUACAGAACCAACAGAACCUAGGGAACUAACAAAACCUACAUAACGUACAGAACCUAGAGACCCAACAAAACCUACAUAACUUACAGAACCUACAGGACUUAC